CAAUAUGGAGCACGCGAAUCCGGAAAACCGAACAUUCUAGAAAACCUAGCCUUCUAUAAUUUCCCCCAAUUUCCAUUUCUCCUCUUUCUCCCUCUCUUGAUUUCCCAAUCAACGCAACAAACCAAACCCUUACCAAAAUUUUCAAUCCUUUCUUUUGCUUUCCCCUUCAGGUUUUUCUCUUCUUCUUCGCUUCUAUCAUAUUCGUGCCUCUUCAGUUUUUCGUUUACAAUUUCAACUUAUUCUAUUUAGGGUUUUUUGUCGCAGUUUUUUAAGCAUGGCAUCGAAACGCAUCUUGAAGGAGCUCAAAGAUUUGCAGAAGGACCCGCCUACAUCAUGCAGCGCUGGUCCUGUGGCUGAGGACAUGUUUCACUGGCAAGCAACAAUCAUGGGACCAGCUGAUAGCCCAUAUACCGGCGGUGUUUUCCUUGUUUCGAUUCAUUUUCCUCCGGACUAUCCAUUCAAGCCACCAAAGGUUGCAUUUAGGACCAAGGUAUUCCAUCCAAAUAUCAACAGUAAUGGAAGUAUAUGCCUUGACAUUCUUAAAGAGCAAUGGAGCCCUGCACUAACAAUUUCGAAGGUUCUUUUGUCAAUUUGCUCAUUGUUGACGGAUCCCAACCCUGAUGAUCCUCUUGUCCCUGAAAUUGCGCACAUGUACAAGACUGACAGGGCUAAGUAUGAAGCUACUGCACGCAGCUGGACACAGAAGUAUGCUAUGGGAUGAUUAUAAAUACUUUUGGUUUGCUGUUUAAAUUGAGCUGCGUAAUCACGACUACGACUUAUGUCAAACAAAAUGAUAUUUUGAAUGAAUGUUCUAUCUUUUCUUAUCAGUGGAACUAAGCCAUGGUAAGGGAAUUGGUUUUUAUCAUUUGUGAAUAUUUCUUUGUGAGACAAUGGUGAUGGAAGUUGUAAUGUAUUGGCAUGCAGAUUUCCUUUUUUUUAAUUGACCUUCUAUUCUAAACCUGUGAUAAAGUAAUAUAUAUAUAGUUGUGAAAACUACUUAUGAGUAAGCGGAGUAAUUUGAGCUA